AUGAUUUACGAUAUUGAAGCAUGCCUGAAAAGUGGGAGAAUCGAUAAAAUUCAGGUUCGCGACAAUCUAGUAGAAGCGGCAAAACGACAGCCCCGAGUGCCGCUUGUAGAGGGUUUUGGUCCACCGAUAGUGAAGGAUGAGCCGUCGAAAGAAGAAGAGAAACAAAAGGAUAUGCCUGUGGUACCGAAGCCGGCGUUUUUUGUGAACACCUCAGAUCCCAUUUAUAAGUCUGGAGAUCCAAAUCAAGCGGGUGAAAAAGGAGCUGCAGUGAAUAUUGACAAAAAUAAAUUAUCGCCAGAAGAGAAGAAGAAGUACGAUCUGGGCUUCCAAAAUAACGCUUUCAAUCAAUAUGCAUCAGAUAUGAUAUCAAUACAUCGAACGCUACCGGAAAUUCUUGACCAAGAAUGUUUGACAGAGAAGUACCAUGACGAUCUGCCAGACACAUCCGUCGUUGUAUGUUUCCAUAACGAGGCGUGGUCAGUGCUACUGCGUACUGUUCAUUCAAUACUGGAACGAACGCCUGAUCGAUUGCUCAAGGAAAUCAUUCUGGUUGAUGAUUUUUCAGACAUGGCGCACACUAAAGAGCCCCUUGCUCGAUAUAUGUCACAAUUUCCAAAAGUGAAGAUUCUGCGGAUGGAAAAACGGGAAGGACUGAUCCGCGCGCGGUUACGUGGCGCUGCAAUCGCAGAGGGAAAAGUGUUGACAUAUCUUGACUCACACUGUGAAUGUAUGGAAGGAUGGAUUGAGCCGUUAUUAGACCGAAUAAAGCGAGAUCCAACCACGGUGGUGUGUCCUGUAAUUGAUGUCAUUGAUGACAAUACAUUCCAGUACCACUACUCGAAGGCAUAUUUCACGAAUGUCGGUGGUUUCGACUGGGGUUUGCAGUUCAAUUGGCAUCCCAUCCCGGAACGGGAUAGGAAGAUGCGUUCAAGAGCUAUCGACCCAGUCCGAUCUCCGACAAUGGCUGGCGGUCUUUUUUCCAUUGAUCGAGCAUAUUUCGAAAAACUUGGCACCUACGAUCCAGGUUUCGACAUUUGGGGAGGAGAAAAUCUUGAACUGUCGUUCAAGAUUUGGAUGUGUGGUGGAACUCUGGAAAUUGUUCCAUGUUCACAUGUUGGACACAUUUUCCGAAAACGGUCGCCUUAUAAGUGGAGGACUGGAGUAAAUGUGCUGAAGAGGAAUUCAGUACGAUUAGCAGAAGUAUGGCUGGAUGAAUACAAACAAUAUUAUUACGAACGGAUCAAUAACCAGUUGGGAGAAAUUGGCGAUAUAUCUGAACGUAAGAAAUUACGUGAACGUCUUGGCUGCAAGUCAUUCAAAUGGUAUUUGGACAACAUAUUCCCAGAAUUAUUUAUUCCUGGUGAAUCGAUUGCCAAAGGAGAGGUACGUCUUGAGCUACGAUUGACUUCUCACUCAUUUCCUAAUCCUUCUAUAUUUCCAUCAUUUUCCUUUCUCUUUCUUCCCUCUUCUCGAAUACGGCAUUGA